AGACCAAGAUAUUUUCUUUGUGCUCAUAAUUAUUCUAGCUUUUACAAUGUAAUGGAAUAACCUUAUGAAUAACAGUUUUAUUGCAUAACAAAGUUUGUGAAAGUUCCAUACACUUUCAAGUGGCUCACAUUUUGACAAUUUGCGAGGUACGAUUUGACUUGAGAAUAUUAGCUUCUCAAGCAGGACGCAGGGUGGCGCUGCGGGUUAAGAUUGGGAAUAAAAGCCCUAAAAAGCUCACGUAUUCCUUCGUCACAAUACGGAAUUAAAAAUACACGGAAGAAGCUGUUGCCAGCUGUACUGGGUUACCAACGACUUUGUGCAGCGAUAUACUAAGCGAAUUUAUGAUUAAAAGCAACUUUGAACGGAUAGAAAACCAGAAAUAUCUCUAGCCUUUGUUGUGGUUGCUGAAGGGACUGGAUGUAAGCACCUCGGCUCCAACAUGGAGGCACCUGAGAAAAUUCAACCAAACAGGCAAGUGAUCUUCCUUUUUAUGGUGGUGUUCUUGUCUCAAGCUGACCCAGAGCCCAUUUGCUAUUCUGUGCUGGAAGAAACAGAGAGCGGCUCCUUUGUAGCCCAUUUAACCAAGGAGCUGGGCUUGGGAGUUGGGGAGCUGGCUGCCAGGUCAGCCAGGGUGGUGUCUGACAAUGACAAGCUUGGCUUGCAGCUGGAUCGUCAGACUGGAGAUUUGCUUCUGAGGGAGAAACUAGACCGGGAAGAGCUAUGUGGUCCCACUGAACCUUGUAUAAUGCAUUUCCAAGUGUUCCUGGAAACACCCGUGCAAUUUUUUGAAGGAGAAUUAUCAAUCCAGGACAUAAAUGACCACUCCCCAGUAUUUCCGACAAAGGAAAUGCUCUUGAAAAUACCAGAAAACAGCCCUCCUGGGACUCUGUUUCCACUGACGUUAGCUCAGGAUCUGGAUGUGGGCAGCAAUGGUCUUCAAAAAUAUACUAUCAGUCCCAAUUCUCAUUUUCAUGUUCUCACUCAAAAUCAGAGCGAGGGCAAGAAAUACCCAGCCUUGGUGCAGGACAAAGAGCUGGAUAGAGAGGAGCAGGCUGAGUUUAGUUUAACUCUCAUGGCUGUGGAUGGCGGGUCUCCACCCAGGUCUGGCACCAUCACUGUGCAAAUUCAGGUCAUGGAUGUCAAUGACAAUUCCCCUGAAUUUUUGCACACCCCAUAUGAGGUGCAGGUCUUGGAAAACAGCCCCCUAGGCUCUCCAAUACUUACUGUCUUAGCUAGGGAUAUAGAUACCGGAAACUUCGGAAGUGUUUCUUAUGGUUUGUUUCAAGCAUCAGAUGAAAUUAAACAAACUUUCUCCAUAAAUGAAGUUACAGGAGAAAUCACACUGACAAAGAAAUUGGAUUUUGAACAAAUUAAAACUUACCAUGUGCAAAUUGAGGCUACAGAUGGAGGAGGCCUUUCUGGAAAAGGCACUGUAGUCAUAGAGGUGGUGGAUGUAAAUGACAACACCCCUGAACUGAUCAUAUCUUCACUCACUGACUCCAUCCCAGAAAAUGCUCCUGAGACGGUAGUCGCCAUCUUCCGAAUUAGAGACAGGGACUCUGGAGACAAUGGAAAGAUGACCUGCUCCAUUCCAGAUAACCUGCCAUUCAUUCUAAAACCAACUUUCAAGAAUUUCUACACCCUGGAAACAGAGAGACCGCUGGACAGAGAAAGGCAGGCCGAGUACAACAUCACGAUCACGGUCACGGACUUGGGGACCCCCAGGCUGAGGACCCAGCACCACAUCACCGUGCUGGUGUCCGACGUGAACGACAACGCCCCCGCCUUCAGCCAGAGCGCCUACACGCUGCUGGUGCGCGAGAACAACAGCCCCGCGCUGCACAUCGGCAGCGUGCGCGCCACCGACGCCGACGCGGGCUCCAACGCGCAGCUCACCUACUCGCUGCUGCCCGCCGGCCGCGCGCACCCGCCGCCCGCCGCGCUCGUGGCCGUCAACGCCGACACCGGCCAGCUGUUCGCGCUGCGCUCGCUCGACUACGAGGCGCUGCGCGCCUUCGACUUCCUGGUGGGCGCCACGGACCGCGGCUCGCCCGCGCUCAGCGGCCAGGCGCGGGUGCGCGUCGUGGUGCAGGACGCCAACGACAACGCGCCCUCCGUGCUCUACCCGCCGCCCAACGCCUCGGCGCCCUCCGAGCUGGUGCCGCGCGCGGCCGACGCGGGCUACCUGGUCACCAAGGUGGUGGCGGUGGACGGCGACGCGGGCCAGAACGCCUGGCUGUCGUUCCAGCUGCUCAGGGCCACGGAGCCCGGGCUGUUCGGCGUGUGGGCGCACAACGGCGAGGUGCGCACCGCCAGGCCGCUGGGCGAGCGCGACGCGCCCAAGCACCGGCUGGUCGUGCUGGUCAAGGACAACGGCGAGCCGCCGCUGUCGGCCAGCGUCACGCUGCACGUGCUGCUGGUCGACGGCUUCUCGCAGCCCUACCUGCCGCCGCCCGACGCGCCGCCGCCCGCCGCGCAGGCCGACCGCCUCACCGCGUCCCUGGUGGUGGCGCUGGCCGCCGUGUCGUCGCUCUUCCUCCUGUGCGCGCUCGCCUUCGCGGCCGCGCGCCUGUGCGGGAGGCGCGGGGCCGGCGCGCGCGCGGGCUCGCUGGGGCCCGACGGCCCCUUCCCGGGCCGCCUGGUGGACGUGGGCGGCGCCGGGACGCUGUCCCACAGCUACCAGUAUGAGGUGUGCCUGACGGGGGGCUCAGGGACCAACGAGUUCAAGUUCUUGAAGCCCAUUUUACCUAACCCCGCUUUGGGCGCUGGGGAGGAAAUAGAGGGAAAAGCCACCUUCCGGAAUAGCUUUGGGUUCAAUUAGGAAUCCAAUCACGAUGCUAUGAUUUAGUCAUUUAUCUCUAA